CUGUUGUGUGUGUCACUGAGAGGCGCCGCUCUUAUUUCCCAGCGCGCAGUGCUCACAUUAACGCUCAGAGCCGCACUCAUCCUCAUCCUGAGAGCGUCAUCAUGCCUACAUCUCUUGCUGGCUGCCUCUUCAUCCUCGCCUUCGUCCUGGCAAGCGGACAUGGAAGGAUCAUUGGGCCUUACUCUCCACCCCUGAAAACCUCUAGCCUUUCAAUGACCGAAAACAUGUGUUCUGACUGUACCACUAUCAUGGAGCUGUUCUCUGAUAUGCUUUCACAUCCAAAGACACAGGACAUGAUACAAGAGACCUUCCUCGAUAUCUGUCGUCGUCUCCCUCAAGGCAGGGUUAUUAGCGACUGUUUGGAUUUCGUGCAAAAGUAUCUUCCGCUAGUCGUACAAAGAUUUGUUGCGUUCACUGCACAUAAGGAAGGAGAGAUAUGCACUGUGCUUGGACUGUGUGCUGUCCAGCCAGAACACAGAGCUCCAGAGUUGCUCAAUGUCGGGCUGCAGGAAGUGCAGCUUUCAAGAGGAACUUCUCAGAAGUCCCAAGUCAGCCCACAGUGUACCUUCUGCCUUUUCCUCAUCAAAAAACUGGAGGACAUGCUGCCAAAAGAGAGAACUGAAGAGACUGUGGUGAAGCUUCUGGAGAAAAUCUGCGACCACUUGCCCGAACACUACAAAGAUCAGUGCAACGAUAUUCUGGAAAAGUAUGGCAAGCAGAUCAUCGACUUUCUGCUCACUUCUGCCACUCCACAUACCAUAUGCAUGUUCCUGCACUUAUGCCUAGUCCAGGAUACACCUGCACUGGAGCCAGCUUUGCCCUCACACUGCAAAACCUGUAAAACCCUCAUGAUACUGACUCAGAUUCACCUCGACCAGAAUGCCACCGAGAUCCAGACAGCUUCUUUGCUCUGGAAGACAUGCCACCGUCACCCCAACGCUCUUCCAGGGUGUGAGCCGUUCAUUCAGAGUCACGUCACGAAACUAGUGAACAUUGUGAGCAAACAGGAGGAGGCUGUAAGCGCCUGCCAGAUGUUCUGUGCAGGAGAGGAAUAAAAUGAUGGACAUUCAAGCAAAGAGCCGUCUGUUUUGUUGUUGUUGUUUUUUUACUCCUGCUCUCGUAUUUUACAAAAUUGAAACUCAAUGAAAAACUUUUUUCCACACACAGCAAUCAGAACAACCAUGUAGCCAAAUGCCUGAUUAUUAAAAGUCUUUUUCUGUAA